AUGGAAAUAGUGGGGUGCCGAGCAGAAGACAACUCGUGUCCUUUCCGUCCCCCAGCCAUGCUCUUCCACGGGAUCUCCGGAGGCCACAUCCAAGGCAUCAUGGAGGAGAUGGAGCGCAGAUCUAAGACCGAGGCCCGCCUGGCCAAAGGCGCUCAGCUCAACGGCCGCGAUGCGGUCAUGCCCCCGCUAAGCCCGGAGAAGCCUGCUCUGUGCGCCGGCUGCGGGGGCAAGAUCUCGGACAGGUACUACCUGCUGGCUGUGGACAAACAGUGGCACCUGCGGUGCCUGAAGUGCUGUGAAUGUAAGCUGGCCCUCGAGUCCGAGCUCACCUGCUUCGCCAAGGACGGUAGCAUUUACUGCAAGGAGGAUUACUACAGAAGGUUCUCUGUGCAGAGAUGUGCCCGCUGCCACCUUGGCAUCUCCGCCUCUGAGAUGGUCAUGCGCGCCCGAGACUCUGUCUAUCACCUGAGCUGUUUCACCUGCUCCACUUGCAACAAGACCCUGACCACCGGCGACCAUUUCGGCAUGAAGGACAGCCUGGUGUACUGCCGCGCCCACUUCGAGACCCUCUUGCAAGGGGAGUAUCCACCGCAGUUGAGCUACACCGAGCUGGCGGCCAAGAGCGGCGGCUUGGCCCUGCCUUACUUCAAUGGCACUGGCACGGUGCAGAAAGGGCGGCCCCGGAAGCGGAAGAGCCCAGCGCUGGGAGUGGACAUCGUCAAUUACAACUCAGGUUGCAAUGAGAACGAGGCAGACCACUUGGAUCGCGAUCAGCAGCCUUACCCACCCUCGCAGAAGACCAAGCGCAUGCGAACCUCCUUCAAGCACCACCAGCUCCGGACCAUGAAAUCCUACUUUGCCAUCAACCACAACCCUGAUGCCAAGGAUCUCAAGCAGCUUGCUCAGAAAACAGGCCUCACCAAAAGAGUUUUGCAGGGAGAACAAAUCUUGGGGCAUUACAGCCAAACAUCCCGACGUUUGAAAAUUCCCUAAAGUAUUAAAAGAAGGGGAAAAGUUUGAUCGGAAAUCCACUGCAGUGAAGACAAAGACAAUAUUAGGUUAUGAUAAUCAUACAUUUUAAAAUCUAUUGAGCCAAAAAAAAAGAGAGAGAGAGAGAGAGAGAGAGACUUAAAUGUCAUUUACUGAAUGUUAACAAAAAUUCUGUUCUUUAUGGUGUCUAACACAAAUGGAGGCUUAAAGUUAUGUGGUUUAAAACAAAAUUAGAUAAGCCGUGUAUAAACCAGAGAGCAGC